GUUUUAAUUCUACAUUUUAAACUUAAGUAAAUUGCUCACAUUAGUAUUUCCAAAAGUUCCAUUGAGGUCUAUACACUUCCACAACCACCCCGGCACCUACUGCAACCGUCAACCGCUCACACAUUAUAUUUUCCAUUUCUUUCCUUUUUCAAUUCCCAUUCUUCAACAGCGUGUGAGUCACACCACCACCUUCUCUCAAAACCCCCAAAAAUGUUGUAAAUAUCGACCAAAUUUUUCCACAAAUGGAGGGUUGGUUCUCAUCUUCAACCUCACCCAGUGACGAUCAGCAGAAACCAGCUUCCUCCUCUUCUUCUUCUUUGCUCGCUGAUUGGAACUCAUACGCUACAUCUCAACAGGAACAAGACCCUUCCAAUUCCGCCAUCAGCUUCGAUCUUGAAUCCGCUGUUAGAUCUGCUAACAACAGUGUCACUGGCACUUUCAGCGUGGUUUCUAAAAGUGUGAGAGAUAUACCUGGAAACUUCUCAUCUGCGACUAGCAAUGUUCCUUCUGGAAAAGCUCUCCUGUAUUUUGGUUUAUUUCUGGCUAGCGGUGUCUUCUUCAUUUUCAUUGCAUUUACCUUGUUCCUGCCUAUCAUGGUGGUUAUGCCCCAAAAGUUUGCUAUAUGCUUUACGCUUGGGUGCGGGUUUAUUAUUGGAUCGUUCUUUGCUCUAAAAGGGCCAAAGAAUCAGCUUUCUCACAUGAUGUCGAAGGAGAGGCUCCCAUUCACACUGGGGUUUUUAUGCAGUAUGGUUGGCACCAUUUAUGUAUCUAUGGUGUUACAUAGCUACAUUCUCUCUGUUGUAUUCUCUGUUGUACAGGUUCUUUCACUUGGAUACUAUGCUAUAUCAUAUUUUCCUGGUGGAUCUGCUGGAAUGAGAUUUUUGACUUCUGCUUUAACAUCCAGAAUAAUGACUUGUUUUGGGAGGUGAUUUGGUUUUGGUUAUUGUUAUUACUUUUUUUGGGAGGUGAUAAUGCUGAGAUGAAACAUCAUUUAACAUGUCCUAAGAUUUCAUUCAAUGUUUGUUGUUAUCUCUAAAAGAGAAAGUUGGUUGAUCUCUUUGCCCAAUGUUGCAAUCGUUAUUGCAUGCUAAUGGGUAUGCAUAUUGGUAUCUAUAUGGCAUAUGGUUGCCGAGGGUUUGACAA